CUCUUUCUUUGCACUUCCGUGAUCUCACUAGAACAAACCAACGAACAUCCAGAUUAAAAUUUAAAAAAAAAAGAAUGAGAAAUUUGCGGUUUGUUUUCUCUCAUUUAACUCGGAUCCAUAAAACGCUUCUUCCAAAUCCAAUCGUUUCCUCAUCCAUCCAAUCUUCGAGCAGCGUUAACCUUGCUCCAAGACGAAAUUAUUCCACCCCAUCAAAACAACCCACCAAGCAAGAUCCUUCCGAAAAUUUCUCCAAAAUCGUCGAUGAAAUCUCGGGUUUGACUCUACUCGAAGUCAUGGACUUGACCGAAGUCCUCCGCCAAAAAAUGGAUAUUAAAGAGAUGCCGAUAAUGGCAGUGAUGAUGCCCGGGAUGGGAUUCGGUGGGGCCAUGAAAGGGGCCGGGAAAGGUGGGGAUGCUGGGCCUGGGAAAGUGGAAGAUAAGAAAGAGGAAAAGAUGGUUUUCGAUGUGAAGCUCGAAGGGUUCGAUGCGGCGACUAAGAUCAAGGUUAUUAAGGAAGUUAGAGGGUUUACAGAUUUGGGGUUGAAAGAAGCUAAAGAUUUGGUGGAAAAGGCGCCUACUUUGUUAAAGAAAGGGAUCACUAAAGAGGAAGCUGAGAAGAUUAUUCUGAAGAUGAAAGAGGUUGGAGCUAAAGUCUCCAUGGAGUGAGAUUUUCUCCGAGGAAAAUGGGACAAAAGAAGUGUAUGGCAUUUUCAGAUGGUUUAUGAAAAUGCAGAGUAACUGAUUUUGAUGUAUGAUGCUUACGGUCAGGUGAAGGGGGAUCAAUUUGGGGAUUCUUGAUAAAGCAGAACGUCCAGGAAAAAAAAACUGAUAUGCUUUGCUGCUGAAUUCUCAUUUUCAUUGAUCAUCACUAAAAUUUUUUAUUCUAAACCAGCUG